AUGGGCAUCACUGAGUGGAAGGUCAACGGCUCCCCCAUCGACACCCGGAGGGAGGUGAUGCUCAAAAGAGGAAUGGGCAUCACUGAGUGGACGGGCAACGGCUCCCCCAUCGACACCCUGAGGGAGGUGAUGCUCAAAAGAGGAGUGAGCGCCACCUCUGACCGGGGAGUGAAGAAAGAAUCCGGCCGCGGAGCCAAGAGCCCCCAAAAGAAUCCGGCCGCGGAGCCAAGAGCCCCCAGUAUCCACGCCCGCUCCCACCUGAGGCAGAUGGGCAUCACUGAGUGGAAGGUCAACGGCUCCCCCAUCGACACCCUGAGGGAGGGGAUGCUCAAAAGAGGAGUGAGCGCCACCUCUGACCGGGGAAUGGGCAUCACGGAGUGGCCGGUCAACGGCUCCCCCAUCGACACCCGGAGGGAGGUGAUGCUCAAAAGAGGAGUGAGCGGCACCUCUGACCUGGGAGUGAAGAAAGAAUCCGGCCGCGGAGCCAAGAGCCCCCAAAAGAAUCCGGCCGCGGAGCCAAGAGCCCCCAGUAUCCACGCCCGCUCCCACCUGAGGCAGAUGGGCAUCACGGAGUGGCCGGUCAACGGCUCCCCCAUCGACACCCGGAGGGAGGUGAUGCUCAAAAGAGGAGUGAGCGGCACCUCUGACCUGGGAGUGAAGAAAGAAUCCGGCCGCGGAGCCAAGAGCCCCCAAAAGAAUCCGGCCGCGGAGCCAAGAGCCCCCAGUAUCCACGCCCGCUCCCACCUGAGGCAGAUGGGCAUCACUGAGUGGACGGGCAACGGCUCCCCCAUCGACACCCUGAGGGAGGGGGUGCUCAAAGGAGAAAUGGGCAUCACCGAGUGGACUAUAAACGGCUCCCCCAUCGACACCCGGAGGGAGGUGAUGCUCAAAAGAGGAGUGAGCGCCACCUCUGACCUGCGAGUGAAGAAAGAAUCCGGCCGCGGAGCCAAGAGCCCCCAAAAGAAUCCGGCCGCGGAGCCAAGAGCCCCCAGUAUCCACGCCCGCUCCCACCUGAGGCAGAUGGGCAUCACUGAGUGGAAGGUCAACGGCUCCCCCAUCGACACCCUGAGGGAGGUGAUGCUCAAAAGAGGAGUGAGCGCCACCUCUGACCUGGGAGUGAAGAAAGAAUCCGGCCGCGGAGCCAAGAGCCCCCAGUGGGAGAACACGAGGAGCGCCGUCAGCUCGGAGGGGCUGCUGGUCCCCGGCUACCUGUCGUCCAAAUACCGUAAAUCUCCUCUGAGUUUGCUGCAGUCGGGGUCCAGGCUCCACAAACAGAGUCUGGGCUCCGUGGGUCCGUCGUCUCCGCCUGCGGGGAAGCUCUUCAGGAUGACUCCCCUGGGGAGGAGGCUCCUGACGGAGGAGAGCCGGUCUGUGGAGACGUCCAGGUCUCCUCCGCAUCAGCUGAAGACCUUCUCACCUCUGCCCCGGGAUUUGUCCUUCAAGAAGAAAGUUUCUCCAGAGAAGCACGGCCAUCAGGACCCCAGCUGUGAGUUGUGCGGCUUCUUCUUCGAGAACCGUAAAGCUCUGGCCAGCCACGCCCGCGCUCACCUCAGACAGUUCGGUGUGACCGAGUGGUGCGUGAACGGAUCGCCCAUCGAGACCCUGAGCGCCUGGAUCCGCAGCAGACCGCAGAAGGUUCUAGAGAUGCACCGGAGCUACAUGCAGGGCAGCCGCUCGGCCCUGAAGAAGAAGACCUCCUCGUCCUCCUCGUCCUCCUCACAGUGGUCUUCCUCCUUGGCCGUAAGCCUGGUCCAACCCCCCGGCCGCGACCCGAGCCACGGUUCUUCCAGGACCGCAGACGGAGCCGAAACUGGUACCGACCCACGAGUCGGCGGGGUCAGUCCCAGCCCCUCACGUCUGACUGGUGGGCUCCCCCUGCAGGCUCAGGUGGCAAGGAGCGAGCUGAACGUCCGCCUCCCCCGAGGGUUUGAACGACGGCCCCUGAAACAUCCGUCCUGUCCAGAUGGAGUGGAGCGGGACAGUUGUCCCCCCAAACCUCCCCGCACAGGCACCGUCCCCGCCCUGGUGCCCAAACCUCCCUCCUACCCACUGGUUAAACUGGUGGGAAAGUUCUACACCCUGAAGUGCCGGUUCUGUGACGUGGAGUUCCACGGCCCGAUGUCGGUGCAGGAGGACUGGAUCCGACACAUCCAGCAGCACAUCCUCCAGAUGAACUACAGCAGACACGCUGAACCCUCGGCCCCCGCUGACCCCCCGACCUCGGGCCAGGCCUCGGCGUUGGCCUCCACCUCUACCUCUAGUACAACACCUGCCCUCACCUCCACCCUGACCCCCGACCCUACGCCUCCUGCUGAGUGUACUCGCAUCACCACUGCCACGGAGAUCACCCAGGUGUUGGAGGAGCAGCCGACACGAACAGCCAAUCCCGUUCCUGUCCCUGUCCCUGUCCCUGUCCCUGUCCCUGUCCCUGUCCCCGCACCGGUGGUUUAAGCUCGGACUCUUCGCCUUCAUCUCACGCCUUCUUUUUUCUCUAGCCUUUAAAUUCACGUCCACCCUGGAACUGUUGAGUCCCCCCCCCCCGAACAUUCAAUGGCCAAUUUUUGGGGUCAAUCAUUCCUCAGACCCCUGGUCACAAGCCCCGCCCCCUCACUGGCAGACUGACAUGUGACAUUGUGGUAAUCUUGCUGUUGAGAUUUUAAAUUUUUUAAAGGCACUUUGACCUUUGACACUCCCUCAGCACUUGUUAAAACAGCCCAUUUAAAUGGGAUAAAUCUGAUUGGUUAACGGAGCCUGGAGGGCGGGCACACCAAACUGGGAAGUUUAACUUCAAGUUUUGUAAAACCCCAAAAAUAAAAAGACAUUUUUGCUUGAAUGUAGCCUAAAGCACCUGAAGAACCGUAUCUGCACAUUCAAACACAAUCAGAAGAUGGCGCCAUGUUACUAUUGAAGUUGUUGUCAGACGUACAGUGGUGUGUUUUUGUCUUUGGUCAGAAAAUGGUUCAAAUCCUGAGCUGCUUUUGUUCAGUUGUUCUCAAACUUCUUACACGAUGAACUACCUGAAAGUACUUGAUUCCUAAAGUACUACCAGUAUGACAAAUACUGAAGUACAGCAGCACACCUGACCUACCCAAUCCAUGAUGGCACUCUAAUUCCCCUGUGUACCAGUAGAGGGAGCCCAAGUACUUCUGAAAGUAUGCAUACUACUUGUAUAGUUUAAGAAUCACUGCUGAAGUUCAACCAAUCACAGAGAAGGUGGUUCAACAUAGGGAUCGUGCUAAUGGAAGGCCAAUAAUUAUGUUGAAAAUUCAGCCCUAAAUAUUUACGGAACCUCUGUCAUGAUUUAAUCUGUUUUUGUUUUCUUAACACGACCUCCGCCUGACCUCUGACCUCUGACCUUCAGUUGACUUAUCUUUGAACCUUUUCUGUACUUCGUUGCGUCUCCGUUUGUUAAUUCAGUUCAUGAGUUUAAAUCACAGAGUCUGAUUGGUGGAUAUUGUUCGACUGAAGACAAAGUCAGACUAAACACUUGAACGCAUCACUGUUGUCGUCCAAGACACGGGGCCAACCUUCAUGUUCUGGGUUCUGUUCUGGUCCACUCUGACCCCGUGGGUAUUUAUUUCUGCUCAGACGAUGUGGCGACGUCGAGUCGUUUUAUGGAGACGAUGUUUUUGUUUGGGUGUUUGGAGACGUCGGUGUGAGUGUGUGACGUUGUUGUGUGUUUGUACAGACGACACUUGUCUUCAGAACAUUUGUUUCCUUUUGUUUGGAAGAAACAAGUUAAAAUACAGGAAGAUUUAAAAAAAAAAAAAAAAAAAAAACCAGUGUGAAGGAGAGGCGUCCGUCUGUCCGGGGUCUGAUCGGGACCUGAAUGCAUCAUCAUCAUCCUGUGAGGAUGGGCCAAAGAGUCUGUUUACGUCCUUGUCCUGCCUCUGUAACAGCUGUUUACAUUGGACCUGAUGGUGGAGGACUCUGUUUCCCAGGGCUCCACCUUAAACCAUGGACUGAGACCCCCUGCCCCCCCCCCCCAGGAGCAGCCUGACUGGACUGGUGUCGUUGUCAUAGGGACAGACUGUUCUGUUCUGUGAGACGGAGGUUCAAGCCUCGGUUCAAACACAGAAACGCGGCCUGACGGGGGCGUCACCCUCCACCUGAGGCCCCCUGGAGGUUGACACGUGACUGUCAGUCUAAGCCUCUGUAUGGAGCAUAGAUACACAGUACUAUAUAACUACAUGUAUUUAAGAAGCCGUCGUUGCUCGUCGCCGGUAGUUAAAGUCAAAAUGAUCUGAGAUCGCCCUCUGCUGGGCUUCGAUCUCAAACUUUCAUUUCUGUGUUUUUUAUUCUUGAUCUGUGCUUUUCUGUAUUUGCAGUCCAGCGAGGUGAACGUUAGGAGUGUUUUUUUUCUUAUUUUAGUUUGUCAGUCAUCUCCCCCCCCCCCCCCCCCCCAGCUGAACCCUUGGUGCUGGGAUAUGAGCAGAACGCUGACUGAAUGUGAGAUAAACACAGUGUGAAACUGUCACGUCCUGGUUUGUCAGGACGCUAAUAAGCUGGCCUUAACGGGAACUUGAACGCACCACGGAAACAAUCACCUUCUGUGUUGAAGCUGAACGACGUCUUUGUCUCAGAGUCCUGCAGGUGCAUUAGAGUUCUCUGAGAAGAAGACGAGCUGACCAAGCCUUAGCUGGUGCAACUGGCUGCUGUGGUGUGUGUGUAAGAAGAGGAGGAAGAGGAGGAGGAGGAGGAGGAGCUGUACUGUAAACAAAGGGUUCAAUUCUAAAGUGAAUCAAGUCCAGAAAAAACGACAAUAAAUGUGAUUUCAGUUUCAUCA